GAAUGUGCGGUUUCGCGUCCGAGACGCUCCAGCAAUGGCCGCGCCCACCAACCUCUCUUUACUGCCUCUUUUUUUGUAGUUUGUUUUGUUUUGUUGUUCAGGCGAGCGGGUCCAUUGACCGAGUGAAUUAUUUCCCCCACGCAGUGCAACGACUGGGAGACCGCUCCGUGCUUUCGUCAAACAAUCCCACGCUCACCUCGCACGACGCCUCGUGGGAGUUGUGAACGAAUUGCCGUCGAUGUGUGAGCCUUGAAAGGCUUCCUUCGAUUCGAUGGAAGCUUUCCGUCCAAGUAGUAAGUGUUGAGCGCUGCGGCUUUGUGGCGUUUCGUGGCCCCGUUGGGUCACGUUUUCCGGGGUUCGUUCAAAAUUGGAGCUCCGCGAGGCAAAGCAAAAGCGUCAUCACGUCGCAAGCGAGCGGAAUGUUGACAUCUCGAUGCGCAUUCGAGUCGGAGGGCGAACGCAGCGUGAGGUCGUUGGAGGGGAACGAACGCUUGCUUGAGUUGAGCUCAAGUCAAGUUGCCGGGAGCGUGUUACACCCUCCUCGGUUGGUCGCGUGUCAAAUAUGCCCAAAUUGCCCUUCCAGUGAUCGCUGGUGUGUUGCUAACGCGAAUGCAGCUAACGUGUAGCAGCGGUGACAAACACCGAAACCGGAUGACAGAAAACACGUCGGCCGCUGAAAAACUCAAGAGCCCUUUUUUGUGCUCUCUGCUGUUGCACUUCGGAUGGCUGCUUGCCGUUUUAUUGAGAGCGGAAUGAGCGCCUGUGUGUGAAAUAGGAGCGGCGACAUGCUAAGCUAACGGCUAAGCUACAUUCCAAUGCUUUGUGCGGAAGUUUCGUCCUCAACAAUUUGCGUCCAAAGUAAUGCUUUUGCAGCUGGUCAACGGGUUCAACCGUGAAAUUGAACCCCCCCCCCCAAAAAAAAAAACCCAAUUGCUCUAGCAUACGUGCUAUAAGCGUACGUAAGCGUGAAUGCAGACGUCAAAUAGCUUUGUUUACACACUUGAGGUCCAGGCAUAAACACACGGGAUACGCAAAGAUAAUCGUAUGAAAAUGUACAUUUAAAAAAACAAACAAAAAAAAAAAAACGUCAUACAAGUGGUAGCGGUACCAAUGUUUUUACUAUCGUUUUAUAUUCUAUUUUUGUUUUAAUUCUUGAAACAGUAACUGUUUAGUCGCACCAGCAUUUUGUGUGUAUCUGCAGCAGAUAAUGACAAACUGAAUGAUCAUCCAUCAUUUAGUCCAACUGAAUCACUAGAAAUGAGGUCCAUUGAGUAAUCAUCUCAGAGCAGCAUCGUAGCCUAUUUUCCUCUUCUGUACGCUAGUUUUAGUGCACAAAGUGUGUCAGAAAAAGUUCCAGGACCGGUGUCACUAAAGAUAAUAGAAAAACUACGACGUACAAGUUGUCCCUUUCAGUGUAAGCCAGACGAUCAAGCAGCACGUCUACGUAGAGGUCAUGCGGCGUUUGCUUGGUUCAGUAUGCGAGAAGAGACGAGAGUUGUGGCAGGACAACUCACGGCUGUUUCUCCGUGACAACGUGAGCAUCUGACACUUCCUGGCCGUGUCACUCGAUCUGACUCUGUGGAUUUUUCUUCCUCUAUGCCAAGCUCAAGGGGUCAUCAAGGGGAGCCAUUUUGAACAGGUGGACAACUUCAAGAUGGACGGGGAUAAUGGACGAGCUGCGGACGAUCCUGAAAGAAUCCUUCGAGUAGCGCAUGAAGGCGUGCCAAAGAAGGCUGGUAAAGUGCGACUCCAGGGGGAUUACUUCCGAAGGGAAAACUUGUACUCUAGUUGGGAUUUUAAAUCCAUCUUUUGUGACACCAGUCUUACAACUUUUUACUACAGACUACAGUGCAGGAUAACCAUUUGUUUUUGUUUGGUAUUUUUUGCGAUGGGGAACUACGCACACUUUGCAAAGUGCCACACACAAACUUGAAAUCUCCUGCAAUGUCACCUUGUUUCCAGAUGUAAACCUGAGCGGCAUCUGACCCCGCCGUGGCUGUUGCCGUCAUGGGGCUGGACUUUGACGUGAAGACCUUCUGUCAUAACCUGCGGGCCACCAAGCCGCCUUACGAGUGUCCCGUGGAGAGCUGCCGGAAAGUCUACAAGAGCUACAGCGGCAUCGAGUACCACCUUUACCACUAUGACCACGACAACCCGCCUCCAGCGCAGGCCGUGCCCCAGAAGAAGCGCAAGGGACGGCCGCCGCGUGUGUCGCUAGCCGGGUCGCUGGAUAUGGACGACAGCUGCAGCGGCGGCGGAGGACAAGGAGGGCAGGGGCACGGCGGGAACACGCCUCGCAGCCCCGGUCGCUCCGAGCCCUCGCAUUCCCCCGGCAGAGACACGAUGACCUACGCCCAGGCGCAGCGCAUGGUGGAGCUGGAGAUCCAGGGACGCAUUCACCGCAUCAGCAUCUUCGAGAACAUCGACGUCGUGUCGGAGGAGGACAGCGAUGCCGAGAAUGACCCGCCGUCCAUCACUGGCGCCAACUCCACAGGCGUGUGUAACGGUAGUGACGGCGGAGCCGGAGGUGGCGAGUUGGGCGGCGCCAGCAAGGACAGGCCCGAUAUGCCUUCCUCCAACGGGGGCAAAGCCACGCCCAAAUCCGGGAAGCAUAAAAGUAAAGAAAAGAAGAAGGACGGUUUGUCCCAUCACCACGGUGCUCAGUCGGGGCCCGCGGUCAAGCUGCCCGAGGCCGUCUUUCGAGAACUGGACCAAGAGAGACCUGACGCUCCUCCCCGGCCGUCGUCUUACUACAGGUACAUCGACAAGUCUGUGGAGGAGCUGGACGAGGAGGUGGAGUACGACAUCGACGAGGAGGACUACAUCUGGCUCGACAUCAUGAACGACAAGCGGCGGCUUGACGGCGUCACUCCCAUCCCUCAGGAGGUCUUUGAGUACCUCAUGGACCGGCUAGAAAAGGAGUCUUACUUUGAAAGCCAUAAUAAGGCAGACCCCAGUACCCUUAUCGACGAGGACGCCGUAUGCUGCAUCUGUAAUGACGGAGAGUGUCAGAACAGCAACGUGAUCCUCUUCUGCGACAUGUGUAACCUGGCUGUACACCAGGAGUGCUACGGAGUGCCGUACAUCCCGGAGGGCCAGUGGUUGUGUCGUCGCUGCCUGCAGUCGCCGAGUCGAGCGGUGGACUGCGCCCUCUGCCCCAACAAGGGAGGAGCCUUCAAGCAGACGGACGACGCGCGCUGGGCUCACGUCGUGUGCGCCCUCUGGAUCCCGGAGGUGUGCUUCGCUAACACAGUCUUUUUGGAGCCCAUCGACAGCAUUGAGCACAUCCCGCCUGCACGCUGGAAGCUGACCUGCUACAUCUGCAAGCAGCGGGGCUCUGGCGCCUGCAUUCAGUGUCACAAAGCCAACUGUUACACAGCGUUCCACGUCACGUGCGCGCAGCAGGCGGGCCUCUACAUGAAAAUGGAACCCGUCCGAGAGACGGGGGCCAACGGAACCUCGUUCAGCGUCCGUAAAACGGCUUACUGCGACAUCCACACGCCCCCAGGAUCCGCCCGACCUUUGGGAGGAGUCGGCGGCACGAGUGUGGCGUCGUCACAGAGCGAAGGAGAACUGGAAGAGGACGACGAGCCCGCCGUCGGCCACGAUGACGACUCCCGAGGCUGGAGCUCCGAGCGGGCCAAGAGGGCAAAGGCCAAGUCCAGGCUGAAGAUGAAGAGAGCCAGGAAGAUCUUGGCUGAGAGAAGAGCUGCUGCUCCAGUGGUGUCAGUGCCAUGUAUACCACCUCACAGGCUAAGCAAAAUCACCAGCAAUUUAACAGUACCCAGGAAGAGCCAGUUCAUGCAACGGCUUCACAGCUACUGGACUCUGAAGAGGCAAAGCCGCAACGGUGUACCGCUGCUGCGGCGGCUUCAAACACACUUACAGUCACAACGACACAUUGAGCCCAUCCCGCCGCAGCCUUCAGCCCAACUUCCUGUGUUGGACUGUGAAGAGAAACAAACGGUUUUAAAGGAGCAGUUAAAGGCAUGGCAACGACUAAGACACGAUUUGGAGCGAGCCAGGCUGCUUGUGGAACUCAUCCGCAAAAGAGAAAAACUCAAGAGGGAGACGAUUAAAAUGCAGCAGAUGACACUAGAGAUGCAGCUGACUCCCCUCCUGGUGCUGCUGAGGAGUACGUUGGAGCAGUUACAGGAAAGAGACACUAACAACUUCUUCACUGAGCCCGUGCCCCUUGCCGAGGUGCCGGACUACUUGGACCAUAUUGACACUCCCAUGGACUUCCAGACAAUGUGGAACCUUCUGGAAUCCCAUCGCUACUUGAAUUUUGAGGCAUUCGAGGGUGACUUUGGUCUGAUUGUCAACAAUUGCCUGAAGUACAACGCCAAGGACACGGUGUUCUACCGGGCCGCCCUGCGCCUCAGAGAGAUGGGCGGAGUGGUCAUCAGAACCGCCAGGCGGCAAGCGGACAGGAUCGGCUUCGACUACGAGACCGGCAUGCACCUCCCUCGAGAGGCCAGUCCGGACACUCGACGGGAACAAGAGCGGGCGCGCCAGCGGGAACGGGAAAGAGAACGAGAUUGGCCAUUGUCGUCUAAUGAAGAUGAUCUCCUCCUGCCAGAGAACAGGCGGCGCCUGCCUUUGGAGGAGCAGCUGCAUUACGUGCAGGCGCGUCUGGAGGAGACCAGCUCGGGGAAGCACAGCAUCGGCCAGUCUCGCAGAGCCAAAGCUCUCAGGAAGGAGCUCAGCGUCAUCAAAAGGAAGCUGGCUCACCAGCGAGAAGGGGGCUCGGGGGCCAGGGAUUGUCUUGGAGGAGGAGUAGGAGUAGAUCGGGGUUUGCUCCCGCAUCGCCCGUCGUCUGCGGGGCACCACGACGAAGGGGAAGAGAGCAGCAGUCAAGAGCUCGGUGGAAAGGAUCUGAGCGUGUCCUCGUCCGCCUUGGCUCCAGAGGUGGGCCGACGGACAUCCGUUCUCUUCUCCAAGAAGAACCCCAAAAUGGCCGGACCUCCUAAAAGGCCUGGACGCCCCCCUAAAAACCGGGACGUGGGCUACGCUGCAGUGGGGGUCACCCCCAGCCCUAUCGGGCCCCCUCAGUUGCCCAUGCUGUCGCAGGGCAGACAAAGGAAGCGUCCCCGCAGCCCACACACCAGUUCCACUUCGGACAGCGACAGCGACAAUGACGACCUGCUGCCAGGUCUGCCAAGUAACGGUUUUGACGGGGGGAACCAGCCCGUGACAGAGAGCUUCCGCGUGUACAGAAAUGACACCCGUCUACCACGUUCUAGCUCAGACUCCGAGUCGACCACCAGCAGCAGCAGCAGCGCCGCCUCUGACCGGACCAGUACGACGCCCUCGAAGCAGGGCAGAGGAAAGGCGUCGUUCUCACGUUCCGCUUUCCAGGACGACAGUAGCGAGGAGACGUCCGGCACGGAAAACGAGUCGUACUCGGUCGGAGGCUCUCGCGGAGUUUCACACUUGGUGCGCAGCCGUGCCAGGUCCGGAUGCUGGAUGACGUCGGAGGAUUAUUCGUCUUUGGAGGCGCUGGACCUUGUGUGGGCCAAGUGCAGAGGCUACCCUUCGUAUCCCGCUCUGAUCAUCGAUCCCAAAAUGCCCCGAGAGGGCGUGUUUCACCGCGGCGUCCCCAUCCCCGUCCCUCCGCUGGACGUUCUUAAACUCGGGGAGCAAAUGACCCAGGAAGCCCGCGAGCACCUCUUCUUGGUCCUUUUCUUUGACAACAAGAGAACCUGGCAGUGGCUGCCACGCUCUAAGCUGGUGCCGCUGGGCGUGGACCAGGAACUGGACAAGGAGAAGAUGCUGGAGGGGAGGAAAUCCAACAUCCGCAAGUCGGUGCAGGUGGCCUACCACCGAGCCAUGCAGCACCGCAGCAAAGUGCAGGGAGACCCCAGCAGCGAGACAAGCGACAGUGACUGAAAGCGCAAGCAGACAUGCACGCACUGGGGUCAAGGUCAUACAGUGGUGCGUGCGCAUCUCACUACAGUUUCCCACUUAAUCAUGGAAUCCGAUCGCAAGCUGCCGUCGACAGCGUCGCUUGGAAUCAAUCCGCUACGGAAGCCCCAUCAUGUUCAACAAACUGUAUUUAAUCGGACGUGUGAAAUAAUUAUUGUAUUUAAGUUGGAAAAUGCCAGCAUAUGCAGGACCCUAAAUGCGUAUAAACAGGUGCCAGGAAAAUACAUGUGGCACGCGGCGAGCCGCCUUCGCCCGAGCACGUCCACAUACAUCCGAACCUUCGAACCUCACGCACCUCCUGCUGGUGCCAAACACAAGCCACAUACUGGAUUUCACCUAAUUUAUUCUGAGUACCGCUCCUUUACGAGCUCCUAUGGACACUCUGCGGUCUUUUAAUUUCAUCUGUCCCUUGUAAACAUGAUGUCAAUUGUAAUAAUCCCAACGCCUUCCAUUUUUAAGCUUUUUUAACGUCGCACAGGUUGUUAGGUCAGUGACCAAAGUGAGGCUCAUUAUGGCCUCGCUGACUGUUAGUCCCAGGUUGAGCGCUUUAGAACUUUUAUACGAAUACAGAUCCCAUAAAAAUAGAAGUUUAAUUAAAAAAAAAAAAAAAGUACUUUUUUUUUUUCUA